AUGGCACGAGCUGCAUUUAGCUCGUCUAGCGGGACGCCGCGGCGAAGUCAGAGGAAUAUCAAGAAAGAAAGCGAUCAAGUCACGAUCAAACAGGAGGAGGAAGCACCACGGGGCAAAGGCACCAAGCGGUCAACUCAGUCGUCCACGCCGAAUGCGUCGAGCAAGCGUGUCAAACUCUCAACGUCGCCUGACGCGUCAAUAGGCACAACAAGCCAAAGGAGAGCCAAACAGGAAGAAGAUGUGGACGCGAAACACCCCUCUCCCAGCCCACGGAAGCAGAAAACUGUAAAGACCAAGGCAGAGAAAGCGGCCGAGCUCCAGGAGAAGAAGCUGAAAGCAUACACUCAAUUCAGCAACUCUUCCCCAUUCCCGGACUUCCAGCACCCCACGCCGGAUGAAUGCAAACUGGCGCGCCGCAUCCUGGCUGAGCUCCACGGGGACAGGAACCGGCCAGAGAAGAUCACCGCGCCCACGAACCGCGCCGGGUGCGGCGACUCGGCGUCUGUACUGGAUGCGCUGGUGCGCACUAUCCUCAGCCAGAACACGAGCGACAAGAACAGCACGCGCGCCAAGCUGAACAUGGACAAGGUCUACGGUGGCAGCGACAAGUGGGAUGCCAUCGUGGCCGGCGGCCAGCCCAAGCUCCAGAAGACAAUUGAGAGCGGCGGGCUGUCCCAGUCGAAAAGCAAGGUCAUCAUCGAUAUCUUGACCCAGGCCAAGGAGAAGUACGGCGAGUACUCGCUCAACCACCUUUUUGAGGCCAGCAACGAGGACGCCAUGCGGGAGAUGCUGGGCUUCCAGGGCGUGGGCCCGAAGACGGCGAGCUGUGUUCUGCUCUUCUGUCUGAGGAGGGAGAGCUUUGCUGUCGAUACACAUGUGCACCGCAUCACGGGCUUGCUAGGAUGGAGGCCCAAGGACUGUUCCAGGGAGGAGGCGCAUGCCCACCUCGAUGCAAGGGUGCCCGAUGAGGACAAGUACGCCUUGCAUAUCCUCAUCAUCAACCAUGGAAAGAGAUGUGAGGAAUGCAGGGCGGGAGGGAAGAGUCUGGGGAAGUGCGAACUGAGGAAAGCGUUCCGGAGCGGGAAGGUCAAGGGAGAGGCCGGCGAGGAUGUCAAGAUGGAAGAGAUACAGACCAUCAAACAGGAGGACCGCGAUGUCAAGACGGAUCAUGAUGCCAUUGCGCAUGCAGUAGAACAGCCGGCAUAG